UCAAAACGACUGGCCCCAAAGUCUCGUCUGACAGGCAGUGAACAGCCUGGGGACGUUUUCAGCUCAGUGUCCAAGUGCCUCAACACCUCGCCAAAAGCUUUUAAGGGGGCUGGCUCCCAACAAUACUUGCACAGGAUACAUCUCCGAUACCUGCCUGCCGUGUACACUCUCCACGCCCAUCUCCUUGUUGGUCCAUCAUGGCUCUCGCGCCUGUGCCUCAGCCCAUUGGCGUCUUCCAAUCGUUCAUUGCGCGGCAAACCGAGACCAUUGUCCUGAAGGAAAAGGUGCUGUCCCUCAGCGGCGACAGCUUCAGCAUCAAGCUCGCCAAUGGAACGCCCCUCUUCCAGGUCCAGGGCAGCGUGCUGUCCAUCUCCGGGCGCAAGAAGGUGACGGAUAUGGCCGGGAAUCACAUGUUUGACAUAUGCAAGGAGCAUCUUCAUAUCCACACGACGUUUGCCAUCAAGGACCCUUCGGGCCGGAAGAUCAUGGAGGUGAAGAGCAAGUUUGCGCUCCUUGGUAGCAAGGCCAUCGCGACGUUCGUAUCCAGCAACGGCAAGCAAGAGGAACUCUUGAUGAAGGGCAACUUCUUCGACACGCAGGCCGAUAUCGUCGAUACCACGCAGGGAGGAAUUGUGGUGGCGCGCAUCGACCGCAAGAUUCUUAGCGGCAAGGACAUCUUCUUCGGGCAGCAAACGUAUGGCGUGACGGUGGCCCCGGGCGUCGACAUGGCCCUCGUCGCUGCCAUGUGCAUCUGCCUGGACGAGAAGAAUAACGAGAAGUAGUGGGGAGGGGGGGAUUCUUCUGAUUCGCUUUCCAACCUUGGGAAGCUGGAGGUUGUAGGAUUGAAGCACGUGACGCCAUGAUACCAACAUUAUUCUAAGGGACUUGAAGUGGAAGGGAGGGCUUCAAUAUUCAUUCAUCUGUCCAUAACCGGUUUCAUAGGUCUAUCGCGGGGAGCCUGCAGGGUCAGGUCAACUGGUGGUGGUCCUCCAAAACACGUGAUAAAGGCUAUGCCCCCUGGCGGGCGGGCUCCACCUCCUGGGCAUCCAACCGUCGUCUC